GAAAAGAUUUCACUUCUCUACUAAAUCGCGCUCCUGUUUUACUGCUGGACGUAGAACUGUAUGUGCGCGUGUUUCUAAAUUCAUUUUAAAUGGGGAAAAAAAUCAGAGUCAAUCAGUGUAAAGUUUUUCUUUUUGAAGUUCAACCUAAAACGGACUUUGCGUUGGAGGACAAACCAACCGGGCCGGGCGGAACCGGACCGGGACAGCUGCCAGAGUCUGUAAAGGGGAAGUUUCCCUGACGGGGUCACAUGACCGAGUGAGUGCGGUGAAAACAGGAACCGAGUCUGUCUGUCGGAGUCUCCGAGGCCACAAGAGGAACCCGAUCCUCACAAAGAGAAAGUUGUUCCAGGACGUCGGUGAGGUCAGGCACAGCUUCCCGGCCCGGUCCGGCUCGGCUCCACCGUCGCCGCAGGAACAUGGAGCAGCGUCCGCUGACGUCUGGGGCGCGGUGAACCCAGGCUGUCCGUCCUCUCCUCCCUGACAGCUCGGCCGGUGGAGACGCAGCCUGACCUAAAUGCAGCCCCGGCUUCCGGGAGCCUCCAGAGCAGCAUGGUGGACCAGGAGGAACUGGAGGAGUGGUUGAAGAAACUGCUGGUGAGGCUCAAGUCCCCCCAGGAGGACCGGCAGACGUCCACGCUGAUCCAGAUCAUCCAGGAUCUGCUGUCUUUAGCGCUCACAGAGUCCGCAGCUGAACUGUUUAAAGACAAAGAAGUGCAUACGCCUCUGAUGGUUGUGCUCUCCACUUACAUCAGCAGCAGAAGAGUCCAGCAGGUGGGCUUGUCCUUGUUCUGUCAGCUGAUAGAGAUAUGUCCCGACACACUGGAGCAGCUCACCAGGCCUCUUCAGGCUUCCAGAGACUGGGAAGUCCUGGCUGUGCACCAGCAGAUCCUGAAGGUGCUGUCUCAGCACAGCACAGACUGGCGCGUGACCUUGGUUGGACUUCGGGCGCUGGCUUUGCUGCUUACAUCAGACCUGAUUCCUGCUCUGCUGCUGGAGGAGGAAGAGGAUGUCUUUAGCUUGGCGGUGCAGGCGAUGAAGACUUUCCCCACCAGUGAGGAAGUUCAGUUUCAUGGCUGUGGAGUUUUGCAGCGGCUGCUGAACACAGUCAGUGACACUCGCCUGGUGGAGUUUGUGGAGAACCAGGACCACGAUGUGGUUCUCUCAGCUCUCCAAAGGUUUCCAGGAAGUCCAGACGUGCUCCUGCAGGCCAUGAAAGUGCUUCUGCCUCUGGCUCGUACUGCCAGUAAUGUGGAGGUGUUGAUGUCGGGGGGCAUUCGGUGUUACAGCUCAGUCAUCGCCGCCAUGGACGCCUUUCCGGAUGUGGAGGAGCUGCAGGAGGCGGCCUGCUGUCUCUUCAGGAGGUUCACUUCAGAGAGUUAUUACAACAUCUUGGUGAUCAAUGGCGUCCAGACAGUGACCGUUAGAGCCUGCCAGCGGUUCUCCGACAACGCUGUGCUGCAGGCCGCCGCCCUCUCCUGCCUGGCUGACCUCACUUCAACCAUUGUGCAGAACAGAGAAGUGGCUGAGCAGAGUCUGGAGGAAGGAGAGCCGGAGGAAAACAGAGGCACAGCAGAGGUGGAGGACAUGGGUCUGUGCUGGAUGGAGGACUGCCGCACAGCUCUGGAGCGCCACGCCUCGGAGCCCUUGGUUCAGGAAGCUGCAUGUUGGGCAAUUCAUCAGCUGCUCCUGCACAGAGCUCCUGUCAGCCAUUCAGAGGAGAAGCUGGAUGAAAGGACGCCUGUUCACAGACAGCUGAUGGCAGCCAUGUUGUUUCAUUCCUCCUCUCCCAGAGUGUUUAUAGCGGCUACCAGCGCCCUCGCCACGCUCGUCUCCAACAACCGUCGAAUGAGCUCUCUGCUGCUUUCCAGAGGUCUCCAUGUGAACCUGGUGGAGAUGAUGAAGAGACAUGUGGACUCGGCUGAGGUUUCCAAAGCUGCCUUCAAGCUGUUAAAGCUUCUCUUUCAUGGACGGACUACGAGUCUGGAUGAGCUGAACAUGGUCAUGGGUCAGAUCCUCAGCACCAUGAAGGAGCACAACUUCCAGCCAGAGGUCCAGCUGGAGGCGCUGCAGACCAGUCUGGUCUUCCUGUUUCCAGACAGGAGCCUGAGGGAGCACGGCGUCUCUGUGCAGGAUCCAGACAUGGCUGACCUGUCUCUCAAAGUGCUGAAAAACCAGUUUGUGGUGGAAGGGGCUCACACUCUUUACCUGGAGGUCCUCAAUAGAUUCAUAAGCUACCCGGCCAUACAGAGGUGUGGUUUGAAAGUGCUGUCUGCUCUGGCUGACUGCUCUGGUGCAGUGGACCUUCUGUGCCAGCAGGGGGCGAUAGACACAGUGCUACAUACACUACAGAUGUUCCCCAAGGACAGAGAGAUACACUACUGGGGCCUGACCCUGCUGAACUACCUGGUGUUUAAGAAGAAGCUGUCCAGGAUGAUCCUGCCUGUUCUGGCCUCUGUUGUGCUCUCGUCUCUGACUCAGUUCAGACCGGACUCUGAGAUGCUGCUGAAGAGUUUCCAGGUGGCUGUCAGGAUGCUGGACGCCUGCUCGGAUGCCGCUGCUGAGCUGCAAAAACGAGACUUUGACCGAGAGCUUUUCAAACAGCUCAGAAAGGAAAGCGAUCAGAGCGCCGCUCCGCUGUGGAAGUCGGUGUGCUUGGCUGUGUCUAAGAUGUGGAGCAACCCCGAGCUGCACUACAGCAUGCUGGAAAAAGCCUGCGUGGACGGAGACACCGUCAUGGCGGAGUGUCUGAUCGAGAUGGGUGCUGACAGCAACAAGAAGACCAAGACCGAGUCUCUCAUUUAUCAGGUGUGUGAGAGGGGUGGACCUGUGGAGCUGGUGGAGCUGCUGCUCUGCCAUGGUGCCCAUGAGCAGCACAUCCGCAGGGCGCUGGCAGUGAGCGUGAAGAGGGCAGACAGCUCCACGGUCAUCCAGCUGCUAGCCCGUCUGGGUCUGGAUGUUAAUAACGGCGCCCUGUGUCUGGGCGGGCUCAGGCUGGGUCGACUGGAGGCGGCGUGGCUGAGCCCCCUGCUGGCAGACAGAGGCAGAGGCUUCAGUCUACGCAGCAACAACAGUAGAGGCAUCAGUUUGGCAAGGUAUAUUCAGUCUUUCCAGAGAUCUAAGAGCAUCAGCUGCUCCUCCAGACUCAUGUCUGACCAGUGUCUGACCUCUGGGUACCUCUCUGACGAGAGUGAUGACUCCAGCUUCAGCGUGGUCUCCAUGGAGGACUGCUUGUUUUAUAACGAGGACCUGGAGAGUGAUGGAAGUGACUCCCUCUCAGCUGCUCUGGCUCCAAAGUCAUGUAACCAUUCAGCAGAGGAGCUGAGGGCGGAGCCUUUCAAGAGGAAACAGGGACGUCGCAGACAUGCCAGCGCAGAGGUGAACGCUCAGGACGACUUUAGCGCUUCGAUAUCUAGCGUUCACACUGAGAAUGAAAGCAGCGAGCCCGCCCUCAGGAGGUACGGAAGGUCUGGAUCCAGCCAUAGAAUGUGGGGAUCUGGGGAAAGUUCUGCUGCUCUCUUCAAAGAGAAGGAGCGGAUCCGCCUGCUGGACCUGACCGGGAAUGAGCUGGCCUCUCUUUCCUGUCUGACAGAGGACAGCUUUGUCCAGCAGCAGCUGGGGUUCCUUCUCCGCCUGGACCUCAGUCACAACAAUCUGACAGCCUUUCCCUCCGCCGUCUGCCAGAACUUGAUGAGUCUGACCCGACUGGACUUGCAGGGGAACCGGUUAGAGUCUCUGCCGGACGGGCUGCUGUCUCUGCCCUCUCUGAACACGCUCAACGUCUCUCGUAACCUCAUCGGCCCCACGCUAAGCUUCGACCCUGCAGUCACCUGUCCGGCUCUGAAGCACCUCAACCUCUCUUUUAACAAGAUCUCCGCUUUCCCUCACGAGCUGGGCUGCAGCAUGCAGCAGUUGGAGGAGCUGUCUCUGGAAGGCAACUGCAUGACGGAGCUCUGCAUGCCUCUGUGUCUGCCAGAGAUCAAACUUCUGGACGUGAGCAGGAACAGUGUAGACAACAUUUGUGCAGACUUCCUCAUCAACUGCUCCAAACUGGAACAUUUCAACGCCUCCAUGAAUAAAAUCAGUCACCUCUCUCAGCUGCCCAUCAAGGUCACGACCCUUAGACUGGCAAACAACAAAUUCAGUCAGGUUCCUGAAAGCGUCCUGGACCUUCCAGUCUUGCGGUCUCUAGACAUGCGGGCCAACACCAUCGAUUUCCUGCCUGGACCAAGCCUCUGGGCCUCCAGCAACAUUCGAGAACUCAUGUUCAGUCAGAACUGCAUCCAGAUCCUGAAUCUGAGCGGACCUGUUCACAAAUGGGCCAGGCUGGAGAAACUCCAUCUGAGUAACAACAACCUCUCCGAGGUUCCUCCUCAGAUUGGGUUGUUGGAAGGCCUCACGUCUCUGGACGUGAGUCACAACUCAAACCUGCGCUCCUUCCCCGAUGAGAUGGGGAAGCUGAGCAAGCUUUGGGACCUGCCACUGGAUGGCCUCCGGCUGCAGCUGGACUUCAAGGUCACCGGCAGCAAAACCAAAGACAUCAUCAGGUCCCUGCAGCAGCGGCUGAAGAAGGCGGUGCCGUACCACAGAAUGAAGCUCAUCGUGGUGGGGAAUCCAGGCAGCGGGAAGACCACACUGAUCCAUCAGCUGAUGAAGCAGAAGCGGCAGCUGAAUUCCAGUCAGAAUGCUGCUGGCAUUCGGGUCUCAGACUGGAACAUCAAGGACCGCGAUAAAAAGAAAAGGCUGCUGAAUGUUUGGGACUUUACAGCAGGUGGAGAGGAGUUGAGCGGCUCUCAUCUUCACUUCCUCACUCCCAGAGCUGUCUACCUGCUGGUGUACGACAUCAGUAAAGGAGCCGGUCAGGUGGAUGCCCUCAAACCCUGGCUCUUUACCAUUAAGGCGGUAGCUCCUCUCUCUCCGGUCAUCCUGGUGGGCACUCAUGCCGAUGUGAGUGAUGAGCUGCACUUCCAGGACUGUCUGAGGAAGAGCAGGGCUGAGCUGCCCCACCACCAGGGCUUCCCACCAAUCAGGGAUCAUCACAUGGGCUACUUCUGUCAGGACUCCGACUCUGUUGCCAAUCUCCGGAAGGCCAUCCUGAAGGAGGUCACCGACUUCAAGAUCCAGGGUCAGCCUGUCAUGGGCCAGCUGGUUCCAGACAGCUAUGUGGAGCUGGAGCGCAGACUUCUUCUGGAGAGGACCAGAACCUCUCCAGAGUUCCCCAUCCUCAGGCACUACCAGCUGCUCCAGCUCAUCCAGGAGAGUCAGCUGCAGCUGGAGGAGGCGGAGCUUCCACACGCCGUUCAUUUCCUCAGUGAAGUCGGGAUUUUGUUGCACUUCAAUGAUCCUGCACUGCGCCUUCAAGAGCUCUACUUUAUUGACCCGCAGUGGCUGUGCAACAUCCUCUCUCAGAAGCUGACCCUAAAGAGCGGCGGUCUGCGGGAGCAGCCCAAAGGAGUGGUUCAGCGCUCUGUGAUGGAAAAGUUUCUCUCUGAGAGCAAACGCUUCCCAAACAGCCACCUUGAGCAGUUUGUUAAAUUGUUGGAGAAGUUUCAGAUCGCCCUUCCUUUAGGGGAAGACCAGCUGCUGGUACCCAGCAGUUUGUCCAAGCACAGACCCGUCAUUGAGCUGCCUCACUGUGAGAACUCCGAGGUGAUUGUGCGGCUCUACGAGAUGCCAUACUUUCCCAUGGAUUACUGGUCUCGUCAGAUCUGCCGGCUUCUGGAGGUGUCCUCCUUUUUGCUAUGUGGACGAGACAAGAUGCUGCGACCCAAUCGCAUCUACUGGAGGACAGGCAUUUACCUGAGCUGGUCUCCUGAAGCGUACUGUCUGGUGGAAGCUGCGUCAGAGGAAGGAAGUCCCUCCAGCUUCGUCAGAAUAACUGUUCCCAUGUCACGAAAAGGCCGGGUGUUGCUGGGUCAGGUGGUGGAUCACACUGACUCUGUGCUGGAGGAAUGGUUUCCUGGUCUGCUCAACACUGACAUGCACGGCAACGGAGAGGCUCUGAUCAAGAGAUGGGCUGUGUACAGCUUCCAUGACGGACACGAGCCCAGCAGAAUUCUGCUUGAGGAUCUUUUCAGAUACGCUGAUAAUGAUUUUCUGCUGGUGAACCCAGAGGAUCCCGCCUGCACGGUCCCCAUCUCUCUGAUCGCCCCGGACCUGGUGCUGAGUGACCAGCCUGCAGGAACCAUGCUGGACAGCGAGGAGCUGGACGUCGCCCUGUCCAAAGAAAACAGGCUCGGGGAUGGAGGGUUUGGAACGGUUUAUCGGGGCGUCUACAAAAAUGAAGAAGUUGCGGUGAAGCUGUUCAACAAACAUGCGUCAGAGCUUUAUGUCUACAGGCUGCUGCGACAGGAGCUGGCGGUGUUGGGUCGCCUCCGACACCCCAGCCUGGUGGGGCUGCUGGCCGCUGGCUCGGCUCCGCAGGUCCUGGUAAUGGAGUUGGCUCUGCGGGGCUCUCUGGAUUCUCUCUUUGAACACCAGAACGGCAGCCUGAGUCGGAAGCUGCAGCACCGGAUUGCCCUGCAUGUGGCAGAUGGACUCAGAUACCUUCACUCAGCUAUGAUCAUCUAUCGGGAUCUAAAGCCUCACAACGUCCUGCUGUUCAACCUGAAGACCGGCUCCGACAUCAUUGUGAAAAUCACAGACUACGGCAUCGCCCAGUACUGCUGCAGCAUGGGAGUGAGGAGCUCAGAGGGCACGCCAGGUUUCCGAGCCCCGGAAGUGGCUCGCGGUAACGCGAUCUACAACCAGCAGGCGGACGUGUUCUCGCUGGGCCUGCUGCUCUACGACCUUCUGACCUGCGGCGAGCGGAUUUCAGAUGGCAUGAAGUUCCCCAGCGAGUUUGAUGAAGUAGCAGUUCAAGGAAAACUGCCAGAUCCGGUCCAGCAUUACGGAUGCUCACCAUGGCCCGGCUUUCAGGCUCUCAUGAAGGACUGUCUGAGGGAAAACCCUCAGGAUCGACCCACCUCUGCUCAGGUGUUUGACCGGCUGAACUCAGCAGAAAUGCUGUGUCUCAUGAGGGAGAUCCAGGACCCCCGGCUGUCCGCUGCUGAAUGUAUCACUGCAGGCUCUGGAAGCAGCGAGGGUCCUGACAGCAGACACACGGCCUGGCUGGGUGGGGGUAGCAGCAGCCGGAGGCGGGGCUUCGUCACCGCUGUGAACCUGGACAACAGCACGGUGAUGACACAGGAAGUGGACUCCAGCCCGGUCCUGUCCCUUGUGACAGUCCGGAUCCCACAGGAGGCCUGUCAUUGGCUGGUUGCUGGGACACAGUCGGGCUCCUUGCUGGUGAUCAGCGCCAAAGACCUUUCCACAUGGCACUACCUGCAGGCUGUGACUGAUGCCGUCACCUCCUUAUACUUCCACACCCACCCUUGUUGCACCCAAAGAAGAAGCUACCUUCUGGUUGGGACGGCAGAUGGGAUUCUCAGUGUUUAUGAGGACUCUGUGCUCCUGCAGGAAAACGGUCAGCCCGUCAAAACCCUCACUGUAGGAAACGUCAACACCCCACUCAUGUGUCUGGGCCCGUCCUUCCAUUCAGCUGACUCCAGAACUCUGUGGGCCGGCUGCGGGACCAAGAUCCUGUCCUUUUCUGUGGACUAUGAUGUCUCCAAGUCCAUCGACACCAGACCCAACUGUGUCCUUCAGCAGCAGCCGCCUCUGAGUGGCGAGGCGUGUGUGUCUCGCAUGGUUGUGGACAAAUACGUCUACCUGAGUAAAGCGGGAGCAUCACGCGUUGAAGUCUGGGACAAGUGGAGUGAGAGGAUGAUGGAGGGCAUUGACUGUGCUCACAUCAUCAGACACGACUCAGGCAGCAGACGCAGGUCGGGCAGCCGAGCCGAACGGCCCUCUGACGCCUCGCCGCCCUGGGCCGUGGUCAAGGCUCUGCUGCUGCAGAGCAAUGCAGCGCUCUGGAUCGGCACUAGGGGGGGCUACCUGCUGCUACUGGAGCUACCCAAACACCAGCCGCUGCAGGUCCUGGCGCUGGGCUGCGACUCGGUCCGCUCCAUCACCUCAGCGUUCAUACAGACGCUAAUCUGGAAGAAUGUGGUGCUGGUUUUGGGCCGAAGAGUCCCACAAGACAAGAAUGAGGAGUCUGUGCUGAUGGUGUGGAACAGCGUGUUGCCUACGGAGGUCAAAGACUUGAAGAAGCACUGUGAGAAGAGGGAACGCAUCGCACUGAGAAUGAGAGAGCAGCUCCAGCAGUCCUGAGCCUGCAGAGGAGUCGACCAAAAGGGAUCAACAGUCCAAAGCCCCGGCGUGUUUCCGUUCCUCACAGAGGAGGAUGUUUUGGACAAACUGCACUUUUCCUACAUGUAGUUCCCAGAAACAAAGCACAAUACAUUAAAAGACCUCAAUCCAGAAACUCGUGUUUCUGACGCUGCAGAGCCAUAUUUGAGCUUGUGACAAUCACAGAAGUCUCCAGUCCGACACAUUGGUAAAAGGGAACAUGUGGUCAGAGCCUGGACCUUAUGCUCACCUUUGAAAGCUGAACCCUGACAGAUGCUAAAUGAAGAAGGAUGUCUUCACUGAUUCCAUCACUGCACGUCAGCGAAGACACGCCUUCUCUCCGUCCUCAUUCUAUACAAUUGUGAUGGACAGUCAAAGCGGUUUUGGUUUUACCCUUAUUGGUUUAAUCUGGAGGUUUUUUUGUCUUUCAAUCAUAUUUUUGGUAUUUCUAUUAAAAAGGCACUUUUGUAAAUUGUGUGAAAUAAAGAACUGACGACAGAGAAAAGAC